AUGAACUCCUGUGUGGCCAGUCGACCUCAUGCGUAUCGGGCCACAGAUACAACAACACCGAAGAAGACGACAACAACAAAGCCACCCCAAAUCUUCUUCUUCUGCUUCGACCAUUCUACCAUAGUGGGUAGCCGCCAUUGCUUCGAGCACGAGGACAAGAACGCGAGCCCACGAAUCGUUCCCAACCUCUCAAGCCCUUUGGCAGGCCCCAUCCGCAUCGCCAUGGUAUCGUUGACCAGAUUGUGUCUGUUCGUCUGGAGAAGGCUGCUCUUGCAGACCUUUUGGCGCCACUACGCCUCGCUCGCCGUCGAGCUGGUCUUCGUGGCGGCCACCUUCAUGUACAUGCUGUACCACGACCGCGUGGACAAAGCCCAAGUGAAGAAACUCAACCGCAGCUACAUUGACCUCGCCGAUCUCAAGUCGAUGAACGUUGAGCACCUUCGGCUGAGGUUGCCGCGAGAACUCACUGUCAUCUAUGGCCCCGGAAACGAGCACACGGACCAGCUGGUGAACAUGAUCUUCAAACUGAUCGGACGGGUGCCCACCAGAAGCGAAGACGUCCAGCCGAAGCCGACGCCGGACGACGUGAUGGUGACGCCGACGGACUACGUCCAGCGACACGAAGACGGCGCCUCCGUGCCGGGCAGCUGUCGCGAAGCCUCGAGCAAACUGCUUCGCCGCAACACGUUCGUGCACACGGUGGGACGCACGAUGUGCAUCCAAUUCGAGACGGCCGACACGGCCAAGGGCCUCGACUACAGCCUGGUCAUACUCGUGCCUCCGGAGAUCGUCAUACCGGAUGGAAUACUCUACGACGUGCACGAGCUGUUCGCCGACCCUUCGAUAACAGCCGCAAGCGACGUGGUGGCGAUGAUUUCGGAUACAAUACACACCCAGCAAACUCUGAUCGACCAUGCUCACAUGGCACUUCAAGAAGGAUCUACCAAUACUAUUCAGCUCCAAGCCGGACAUUUCCCCCUCGAGGCCCCGUUCGCAGACAUCAAGGAUUACCGGAACGGAUUCUUCGCCGCUGUGUCGAUUGCGUUCUGCCUGCCGCUCGUGUACCGUGUACGGGACAUCACUACGGAGAUAGAGUUAGGCCUGAAGCCUGACGGCUGUCGACUGCGCGCUCAGGAAUUCCAGGAGGUCAUGGGUCUCUCGACGGCCGAGUUCUGGCUGGGCCACUUCUUCGCGGCGCUGCCAAUCUCCGUGAUCGAAGCGGCGCUUGCGACGGCCGUGGUCCUCUUCCAAGAAAAGGAGUACACGCCGACGAGGAACGUCACCGUGUACAAGAGCGAGAACCUCGACUUCACGCUGAUCCCGGCCGCCGACGACGAGGACACCUCGCCAUCCUCCAACGCCAGCACUCUCGCGUCCAACAAGUUCGUGCGCGUCUACCCCGUCGUGCGCCAGGAGACGCGCUACCUCGAGAACGCGGACGGCUCCCUGGUGGCGGCCUGUUUCUUGUUCUUCUGUCUCUGUCACGCCAUCUUGGCUCUGCUGGUCGCGUGCGUGUUUCCUCACGGCCGGUGGGCCAUGCUGAUUGCCUUCGCAAUCUUCUUCAUGUUUCCGUGCCUGGACGGCGACAAACUGGGCUUCAUUUUCGGCACCAGUCUGUUCACGUAUCUGAGCACGUCGAGGGUACACAAACUGCGCACCGCCUUCUAUCCCAGCGUGGCGCUCAGCACAGCGAUGAAGAUCAUUGGCAUCUUCGACGACUUUGAAAAAGCGGCUCAUUGGAAAAUUGUCACGAAGGCGGCUCUGAACCUGGACAACGUGACGGUCAGAGACAUGAUGGCUGUCAUGUUGGCUACUUUCUUAGUAACCGCCCUAAUGGUUGGCUACCUGUCUCAGGUGCUUCCAGGGACGACGUCCAGGCCACAAGGGCUUCUGUUUCCGAUAUCCAAAUCGUACUGGUACCCACCGAAACCGUCAGCGGAAGAACUCGAAGCAGAACAGCCCAGUCCGGUCAUCGAAGAACACUUCGAAGCUGCGCCGAGCUUGAAAGCCGCCAUCGAGUGCAAGAAUAUUCAUAAGGUGUUCGAUAACACCGUGGCUCUGAACAAGGUGGCCAUGACGAUCUACGCGAAUCAGGUUACGGUGCUGCUUGGCCAUAACGGCGCUGGCAAGACGACUCUGAUGAGCAUUUUAACUGGUAUGCUCGAUGCCGACAGCGGAGUUAUACUUGUUCGUGGACGAGAGGUAACCAGUUACACCAUCCGAGGAGUCAUGGGAUUCUGUCCCCAGACGGAUGAAUUCUUCCCGGACCUUACCGUGCUCGAUCAUCUGCAAUAUUUCGGCAUACUUAAGGGACUGCGCAGUUCGGAGAUCAACCGAAACGUGAAAGUCCUGCUCUACACGGUGCAACUGGCUGACAAGCUGUACGCCUACCCCGAUGAGCUCUCUGGAGGAAUGAGACGGCAGCUGAGCAUCGCCAUCGCUCUUAUCACGCGUCCGAGGGUGUUGAUCCUGGACGAACCGACCGUGGGCAUGGACCCCGAGACGCGACGUGUCGUCUGGACGCUGGUGCAAGGUUUGCGCGGAAGAACAACGUUGCUUCUCUCGACGCACGACAUGGAGGAGGCCGAAAUAUUGGCCGACCGCAUCGUCGUAAUGUACAAGGGCAACGUUAUCUGCAGUGGAUCACCGAGCUUCCUCAAAAGCGCUAGCGGCGUCGGAUACAAGGUGCGCUUCUGGAAGGUUCCCGGUGCCUUCAAGACGAACGAGGUGCUUGCGGUGGCGCGCAAGGCUUCUCGCGCUGCCGCCAUCGAAGAGGACAAGGAGAACGAAGUGGUCAUCGCGAUGAACACGCUCAAGAGGGACGGCUUCCCUGCCAUGUUUCACGAGCUGGAAACGAAGAGUUCCAAGUUCGGCAUCCGCAGCCUGGGAGUGUCCGUGGCGACAGUGAAGGACGCCUACCUGAAAAUAUACAAUCUGUGGGCUGAAGGCGCCAAGGUUCAAGGCGUCGCAACUGCAAAGGCCCCGACCACCACGUUUGUGGACCGACACCACACGGAACCGCGCGUGUGCCAGCGCUUUCGGGCGCUUAUUCACAAGAGGAUGCUGUACCUGUUGCGCACGCCGUUCCUCUUCUUCACCGGCUGGAUCCUCCCAAUCGUCAUCGCGCACAUCGGCAUCGGCAUCGUCAAGCUCAACGCCUUCCGACUGCCGUUCGAAUACAGGUACAUCGAUCUCGACGCCGAUGCUUACGUCGGAAGCAAAAAAUACAACCUGCGAACCUUUAUCGAGGAAGAGAAGCGAACCGACGAGUCCCUGGGCUACAAGGUCCUCCUGGAGAGCUUGAACGUGCCGUACAUGCAGAUCUUGAGCGUCCUGUUCUCGCUGUUCACCAUGUACGACAAGAUAUUCUUCAAGUACGCCUCGUACUACUCCUUCGGCACCGUCUUCGAUAAUAAGUCGAUACAACUGUGGAGCAACCCUCUGAGCGUGAUCGCGGCCAGCAUGCAGCAGAACCUGAUCGACACCGUCCUCCUCCGACAGCAGACGGGUCAGCCCAACACUCGCAUCCACGCAGGUGUCUCGAUGUACACGCUCACCGAGGAGGAGAUACGCACCAACGUGAUCGAGCGUGAUCCGCUGAACGACCUGGCCGAGCUUUUGGAGCACACGUGGGCCUACUGGGGCGUCAUGGGAUCGGUGAGCUUCGGCCUGGUCAUGUCGUCGUUCGUGGUGCUGCCCUCCAUCGAGAUCUGCAGCGAGGCCCGCCAGCUGCAACUCAUGACGGGCGUCUCGGGCUACCUCUACCUGGCCGCUAACUUCAUAUUCGACCUGGUCUUCUACCUGGUGCCGAUGGCGGUCAUUUACGGCGGCUUCGCCGCGAUUUUCGAUCUGCACGGCGAGACGCUGGAGUCGUUGCUCAUCAUUAUGAUCGCCUUCGCACCCUUGGGCAUACUUCUACCGUAUCUGAUAUCAGAGCACGCCCCCGAUGGUAGCACGGCAUACGCGAUUGUCCUCGGACUCUUCGCGAUCGCAGGUCCAGGCACAAUAAUCGGCUUUCUCUACGCGUCCGACGCUUUCGAGGGCCAGAGCCUACGGGUGCCGUUCAUGUUCUUCCCGCCGUUCGCACUCUCGGCUUCCACAGUGCGCGCCGUGAAUCUCAAGUACGAAGUGGCGAUAUGCGAUUACCUGCGGGGCCGGAAGAGGCUGCUGGACAAGCACUUCGAUUUCUGCAACACGGUGAAGGCGUUCGGCGCGGCCAUACGGUUUUGCUGCGACGUGCUGACGAACAGAACUGACAGCGAAUGGCAGGAAUUCCACGCCCUGUCAACUUCGCCCCACGGGAUUCUCCAGGACGUCCUCACCAUGAUUCUCCUGGGCUUCCUUGUGUUCCUCUACCUGCUCUACCGGGCGCUGGGCCUGCCUCCGCUGCUGAGACAGAAGACGGAGCCGCCGGCGAUGAGGCCCGGUCACAAGGAGGACGAGGACGUUGCGGCCGAGAGGGCGGCCGUCGAGCUCAUCUGCCGACAGCAGCGCUUCGCUGAGCACACGCUCGUGGCGCGGUGCCUGCACAAGAUGUACGGGCAGCUGCACGCCGUGCGGGGACUGUCGUUCGCCCUGAAGCCCGGCGAGUGCUUCGGUCUGCUUGGCGUCAACGGCGCCGGCAAGACGACCACCUUCCGAAUGCUCGCCGGUCUCAUACCGGCGACGUACGGCAACGCCUUCAUGAAGGAUGCCGUUCUGUCGGACGACAUUCGGAAGUGGCAAUCGAGGCUGGGCUACUGCCCUCAGGGCGGUGCUCUGUUGAACAAGCUGAACGCGUACGAGACGCUGUAUUUGUACGGUCGUCUUCGCGGUGUGCCCGAGCACGUCCUUCCCGGAGCGGUGGAUUACGUCCUCUAUGUAACAGACCUCAGCGAUCAGGCGGGAAAGAAGUGCAUGCACUACAGUGGAGGCAAUCGGCGCAAGCUGUCCAUGGCCGUGGCCCUGAUCGGCCUCCCUGGCCUAGUGCUCCUGGACGAACCGUACGCCGGCGUCGAUGUGCUGGCCAGGACGCGAAUUCACGAAGCCCUCAAUCCACUGAGGAACAAGACCGAGACCACGAUAGUGCUCACCUCACAGAGCAUGGAGGAGUGCGAGCUCUCCUGCGACCGCAUAUGCAUCAUGGUCGACGGGGAGAUGGUAUGCCUUGGAACGCUGCAGCACAUCAAGGACAGGUUCGGCAAAGGGUACAAGCUGCUCUUCACACUCGAGGAAGACACGUGGCCCGCCGUCGAGCAGCUCGCAAGAGGCGUGCGUCAUUCCCUCCCGGGAGUCACAGUUGUCGACGUGCGCCGUAAAGUGGUCGAGUUUCGCAUGGAGGGCAAGCUGCCCUGGAGCACGCUGUUCCAGAAGCUGGCCGUCCUGGAGAAGGAAUUCCCCUUCGAGCACGUGCUCGUGUCGGACAACACCCUGGAACAAAUUUUCAUCGAGUUCGCUCGCAAGGCACACGCCGAGAAACCCAGGCACGCCCUUGUUCCCGGAACCACUACUACGGCCACUAUGUCCACUUCUGCUACCCCUGCUAGCACUGCUACUACGGCUACAAUAUGA